UCAUUUCCUAAAGAAUUUAAUACUUAUCUCGCGUUCAAUGCAUUAUUGAUAAAUGUAAAUAUUUUAUUCAUAAUUCAAUUUACAACUAAUAAAACCAUAACACAAAUGGCAAAUCCGGUCAUUAUAUUCGUGAUCGGAGGGCCCGGCUCUGGGAAAGGCACCCAAUGCGAGAAAAUUUGCAAAAAGUACGGUUUCACUCACUUAUCGACCGGCGAUUUGCUUCGCGAGGAAGUGGCCUCCGGUUCAGACUUAGGCCAGAGUUGUAACGAAGUCAUGAAAAAAGGAAAACUCGUGUCCAAUGAACAG